UGCAGAAAUGGAAUCUCUUCUUGAUUCUCGUCCUAGUUCGCCAGAGCUCAUGAAACAAGUGUGCCUCGAAUCUAAAUGGUACGACAUUGGUGUGAUGUUGGAUUUGAAUUCAGAAAAGCUAGACGCAAUCCGUUAUUCUUCAGUCAGUGAAAGAACCAAAACUAGCGACAUGUACAGGCUGUGGCUGGAGUCUAAUCCACAAGCAACGAGGAGAGAGCUUGUAGAAGUACUUGAAGAUAUGGAGCUCAAGACACUAGCUGCUGAAUACAAGGAGUAUCUCAGACAUCAAAGCAUUGAAAACACUGCUCUGAGACCAAGACCUACCCAACCAGUGCCUACAAAAAGUUCUGUAAUAUUGCCCCCAUGUACAUGUAUGUACUGGUAUAUAGUAGCAGUUAUAAUAAUAGCAUUUUCAGUUUUAAUAAUUGUACGCUCACCACCUCCUGAGUCACGUACACCAACACCAGGAGUGAUUGAACAGUAUGGGUCAGAGCUACGUGAGAAAUACACUGAGACUUUAACUAAAUAUAAAGACCCAAACUAUAAUAAAUAUCCUACAGCUGGUCCAGUUUCUAUGCAUGUUCCAUUCAUACCUUUAAUAUCGAUUGUGGUUAAAAAUGUAACCAAAUCAACUGCUGAAUGGUUACUCAGUACAACUCCUAAGGAAAUCGUUCGAAAUGAGGAAAUCAUGAAAAUUCAAAUUGAGGAUAUAUUAAAGCCAGUAUCAGAGGAACAAUUAAGAUUUGUACUAAUUGAAGGAGAGCCUGGCAUAGGAAAGAGUACAUUAGCUAAAGAGCUAGUGUUACGAUGGGCUAAAGGAUCUGAUGCAUUAUUGAACAAUUAUGACAUUGUGUUUCUUAUUCAGCUGCGCUUUGAAACUUACCACAAAUUUAAUGCUAGUAUUGAAGAUCUUUUUGUUGACUUAGAUGACCAAAGUAUUAAUAUGAAACAUUUAAAAUUAAAAAUUAAAAAAGCAAAAGGAGCAGGUAUUCUUUGGAUAUUAGAUGGCUUUGAUGAGCUUCCAAAUCAUUUGAAAAGCAAUUCUGUGCUUAUGAAGCUUAUAAAAGGUGACAAUCUUUCCAAGUCAACAGUCAUUGUCACCAGCAGACCUGUUGCUAGUGAUUUAUUGCUUCGUUUUUUGCAUGAUCAUAACUCAAAACAUAUCAGUCUCAGAGGCUUUGAUUCUACUAAGAUAGAGGAAUAUGCCUUAAAAUAUUUUAAUGACAAAAACAAAGCUUAUAAGUUUCAUUCUUAUUACAGUGGUAAUAUUGUGAUUGAGAGCAUGCUUUAUAAUCCACUGAACUGCUUCAUAGUGUGCACAAUAUUCAAUGACUUUAUAGCCACUAGCAAUGAACAAUAUCCAAAAACAAUGACAUCACUCUACAAUCAUUACGUUCGUAUCUUACUCAAGAGGCACCUCAUUGAUGCAGGACUCAUAUCAGAUCUAGACUAUGAUAUGCCUCAACAUUUGAUGCUUGAAACUGACUUUAACGAUCCUCUACUACAAACUGUUUGGAAAAACUUUUCACGUCUUUCUAAAAUAGCCUAUGAUGGUGUGAUGAAGCAGCAAUAUAUUUUUGGAAAGGAGCUUCACAAUGUCACUAAACUGAGUAUGAUGGAUACAAUUGUUAAUUUCUUUGUUUUUCAAAAAGAUGAGUCCAGUAGCUUUUUACACACUACACUACAAGAAUACUUUGCUGCAGUUUAUCUUCUUAAUAACAAGCCAAAAAUUAAAAUUAAGAAUCAUGAAUAUGUUGAAUUACAACCAAACCUUAAAACUGUUUUUAUUUUUUAUGUUGGAAUCUGCAAAAUGACAGGCAGAGAACUGGUUUCUACAGUAAUGGACAUUUUAAAGCAAAAUAUUUCCCGACCUACAAAUGAUGAUGAUUAUGUGCAAAUUGGCAGUAUAAUGCUUGGGUGUCUCUAUGAAGACGAUUCACUACUAUACAACAUAGGCUUGUCUUCUAACCAUUCAUACUCAAGCUCAAGCAGCACAAAUUUUGAUUAUUAUAUCUGUGGCUAUCUUGUUGCUGUUCACAAAAUUACAUAUAAAGUCGAAUUCUAUAAUUCUGAUCAAGUAAAAGCAUUUAACAAGGGACUUCUAUCUCAUUCUACUAGUAGUGGGAAACUAGCAUUUGAGUUUCAAAUCAAAGACACUGAUGAGAGGCAAAAAGGAUUUAAGGAAAUACUACUUAUGCCUAGUCACUUAGUAACUGAAGUCUUGAUUUUUCCAUCAAAUGACUCAGAGAUUUCUGAGUUUUGUCAAAUAAUUUCUAGAUUUCCAUUAUUGCAACAGGUUUUAUUUGUUACUCCUAAUUUUCAAUGGUCUUGUAAUGCAACUUCAGAAAACCCUUUUCUAAAACUCACAAAGCUAAAUAGAUUAGGCCUGUUGGCUGUUAAUCUGCAUGAAAAUGAUUUUGCAAGACUAGAACAACUUAUUGCUCCUGGUAGGCCACUGAAAUUAGUUUUAAUGGAAAAUUAUGGUACACCUUAUAAUAAUAUUCUAAACAUAAUAAAAAUGCAUACAUCUCUGGAAGAACUGACAAUUCGUGAUGGCGUUGAUGCACACAAACAUGGAACUGAAACAUUUAUUUCAGUUCAGAGCCUGGAACCGCCAGCAUAUCAGACUAUUAUAUGGACUAAGAGCACUAAUAAUCUAAGGGUUGACUACUUUGAAAAGUUUUUCUAUCACAUAAAAAUAAGAAAACUACCAACAAUACGACUGUCUUCUUUUACCUCAUUUACUUACAUUAAGACUAGCAAGACUAAGAGUGUGGACAUGUGGGAUAGAUGGACUCGGGUAAAUGUCACUGUAUACUCGGAAUCAACAACAUUUAAACUAAACCACUUCAUUGAUGCUUUUGGUGAGUGCAUUAUUUUAUUAAAGAAGUUACCAGUUAAAAGAAUUAAUAAAACAAAAUUAAAUAGUAACUUUACAUGUACAUGUGCCAUUGUCAAAGAUAAAUUUAUUUUAUUACCCCAGCAUGAAGGUAAAUCAUGCCGCAAUACUGAAUUUGCUUCAGCUAAGGAAUUUAUUUAUAACAUCUUAUUCUUCUCAAUUAUCAUUAUUUUAAUUGAAAUAACACGUUAAUUUUCAAUUUUAGUUUUAAUGUGCUUUUGUUGUAUACACAUAAAAUACAACUAUUAUUAUAAUUACUAUUAGAAUUACUAAAACCAUCAUCAAUGGCAGUAGAAUUGCCAAUAUUUGCAUUGUUUCGUUUAUUGUACUUUUUGUUACCUUAUUUAUAUC